UACAGCUGCUGAGUUUCACCUGAGAGCAAAAUAAGCAAGCCUUCCUCCCUCUUCCCCCCCAGCAGGGACGCAGUGACAGGCCUCGGAGGACUCGCGUUUAAAUUGGACUCUUUCCUUCCCGCGUGUCUUUAAGGGUUGCGAUGGAUCCGGUGUGCGGCAGCGUGUGGCCGAAGGUGGCUGUGCUGCUGCUUCUCGCGGCAAUGCGGCCGAGGACAGAGGCGAUGACGAUAACAUCGACAGGGUCGCAGACUAUUCAGCAAGCGGAAGGGGAUUCUGUCAACCUGGGCUGCACCUACACACCGGCUGCAGAGGACAAAGGAGAGCUGGACAUAGAGUGGUCCAACGUCAGCCCGGACAUGACGCAAAAGGACAAGCUGCUCUUGUCUUACGCAGCCGGAGCGACGCACAACUACUACCCGGAGUUUACCAACAGGAUGAAAUUUUUGACGGAGCCGAACCAGGGAGACGCGUCCAUCACCAUCUCAGGUCUGAAGGUCUCUGACACUGGCACUUAUCAGUGUAAAGUGAAAAAGGCUCCGGGCGUGGACAUGAGGAAAGUCACUCUGGUUGUGCUGGUGCCCCCCUCCACGCCAAGGUGUUGGGUUGAAGGCGGUGAGGAAAAAGGAGCCACGGUGUCCCUCCGCUGUAAAUCCUCCAAGGGAUCCACUCCUCUCACUUACGUGUGGACACGAGAGACCGGCGGUGCGAUGCCGGCCACUGCGACGCAAGACAAAGGUGGAGAGCUUCUGAUAAAGAACCAUACGGACAGCAACACCGGGACAUAUGUGUGUGAGGUGAAAAAUGCCGUCGGACAAGCACAGUGCAGAUACGACCUGCGUGCAUACAACCCUACCAAUAAAGUGGGUGUCAUAGUUGGUGCGGUUAUAGGCGCUCUGCUGCUGUUGAUCCUCCUCCUGAUUCUCAUCUGGCUCCUGAUCAUCUGCUGUCAGAAGAAGCGCUACCAGAAGGAGGCUGCAAAUGAAAUCAGGGAGGAUGCCCCUGCUCCAGAGAGCAGACCCUCCAGCAGGCAGUCAAGCAGGCACUCCAGUUUCCAAUCGAUGGCAGGAUACCGUACUCACCAGGGGGUGCAGUACACUUCUGUAAGGGGUCAUCUGCCCAAUAUCCACGAAUCGGGUCCCAUCUACAACGGCGGCAGCAACUCGCCAAGCAUAGCAGGGGACAGAGCAACUUCUCUGAAAUAUGACCAGCGAUACGGCUAUGCGGUUUAGCUGCAAGUGUGUUUUUUUUUUAGCGAGGCCAAAACUGUACAAAAUGUAAAAUAUGAAAAGCCACGUGAAGGAAAAAUGCUAUGUACAGUUACAAGUUACUCAAAGUGCAAUCCCAGUGGGAGUGCCACACUGCGACGCUUCUCUGCGUUCAUAUGAAGGGCAGGUUCUUGUCGUUUAAGUCGCUAUUGCACAAAUGUUAGCUGAAGCUUUAUGUAAAAUAUAUGUAACAAGCAUUUGAAUAAUUCAUUAAGGUGUUUUUACCUCCAACAUACAAAAGUACUGUAUGAUUGUAAUAUUUUAUUUUAUUUUAAUAUGUACAGAUUAAAAAAAUAAACCUUUGCA